AAAGAUAUAUAUUAUAAAAAUUAUGCUUUGGGUGACUACCAAAUAACUGCUAACAAUUUGGCACUACGUGCCUCAUUAUCGAAUGCUUUGAUGCUUUGGUGUAUUACCAGAUAUGCUAACAAUUCGGCACUAUGUGCCUCAUCAUUGGGUGAUAUUCGAAUGAAUUAUAUGAAGCUAACAACUGCUAACAAUUCGGCACUACGUGCCUCAUCCUCGAUUGAUAUUCAAAUGCAUUAUAACAGUUAA